GACAACAGCAGUAGUUAGUGUCUCGUGUCUGGAUCAGCAGCGGAGAGCUACGGACGCACUUUCUGAAAUAUAUUAUCUUGUUAUUUAUAACGAAACACUGCAUAAACUACUGUUGAAUAGUUUAUGUCUUAGUUUUAACGUUCAGAAAUAGUGACGAGGCUUGGAUAUUAGGGCAGCGUUUGAAAAGAAAAGAAAGAAAGAAUGAACGAACGAAAGAGGGGAAAAGACUGACCGCUGGAUUUAAUUUCUAACUGGAAUGCUGUUGUUGAUAGAGAGAGAACGGGCGGUGUGUGUGUGUGUGUGUGAAAGAGUGUGUGUUUGCGAGGUAAGUGUGUAGAGGGGCUAUGCCUCGUCUCUUUGGUCUCUGGUCCUGGAUCGUGUGAAUUCCCCGGGCUCCAAUUACUAAACUACCCGGCAGACAGCAGCCUCAGCCCGGCCACAGAGAGGGGAACACUACCUCAUUUUGUCUCUUUCUGCUCUCCCCCAUACCCCUCUCUCCGGGCUCAGAGGAAAUGAGGACACAGUGGAUAGCGGAGGAACGAGGAGGAGUUUCAGGUGGGAUUAUAAACUUGUUUUGACUUUUGCUCCGAUCCUGGGGACUUCAGCGUUUUUGGCGGUAGGUUAAAUAAUUAACGCUAACCUUAAAAAAAAAAAUACAAAAAACUACGGAUAAAAGAGGGAAUAUGUCCGGUUGUUGAUGAUGACUGCUGAUCUCGCGGGGACCGAGUUCACUGGUUUUCGUGACUGAUGUGGGUCGCGCGGCGGGCCGACACUGGACCUAGCUGACACCCCACCGGGACAGAGAUUCUGAUCGGUGAUCAAUAAUCCAGGAGAGUAACUGGAGUACCUGCCGGUAUGGAGCGGCGAGGGGGCUGCUGGAGCACCGUGACCGUGUUGUGGCUCGUGCUGACCGGGCUGGUUCUAUCACCUUGUAUGGCAGAGGAAGAAGUGGUAAUGAACACUAAACUAGAGACGUCAGAUCUACGCUGGACCGUUUACCCACACACAGACUCUGAGUGGGAGGAGAUGAGUGGUCACGAUGAUGAAGGGACCAGUGUGAGAACCUACCAGCUGUGUCCUGGAGACAGCAGCACCUCUCAUUGGCUUAGGAGCCGGCUGAUCCCCCGAAGGACUGCCUCCGUGCUCUACGUAGAGAUACGGUUUACGAUGAUGGAGUGUUCGUCUCUCCCCUAUAACUCCCACCGGUCCUGUAAAGAGACGUUCAACCUGUACUACUAUCAGACAGACACGGACGAAGCCACCAACACACACCCUGCCUGGAUGGAAAACCCCUAUACUAAGGUGGACACGGUAGCAGCUGACUUCCUGCUUCGGAGGGGCGGAGAGAGGAAGUCCAACGUGAAGACUCUCAGGAUUAGUCGGUUGACUAAAAGGGGCGUGUACCUAGCCUUCCAAGCACAGGGAGUCUGCAUGGCCUUAUUGGCUGUCAGGGUGUAUUUUAAGAAGUGCCCUACCCUGACGCGCUCCUUCUCCCGAUUCCCUGAGACUGUUCCCCAUACCCUGGUGGAAGGGGCUCAGGGAGUGUGUGUAGACAACGCCGUGACCCCCCCGGGCGAGCUGGCACGCCCUCCCAGCAUGCUGUGCGGUGAGGACGGACAGUGGGUUGGUCAGCCGACCUCUGCCUGCGCCUGUCGGCCAGGGUAUGAAGCUACAGACACAGACCUCCGAUGCAGAGCUUGUCCAGUGGGUCAGUAUAAGGCAGGGUCAGGAGUCGGUGGGUGUGUCCUGUGUCCGACCAAUAGCAACACUUU